GAGAGCUGCUGUUGCUGUUGCUGCUGCCGCCGCCUGUCAGACGCCCCACCACCACCCCCACCGUCGCCGCCGCUGCCCGGCACCUCGACUCGGCGGCGUAAAGAAGAUGCAAGGAGAGUGAGGUCUGCUCGAUCGUUCGAAGGCCAACACAGCUCUUCCAAGAUGCGCGGAGUGGCGCAGCUGUCGCUGCUGGCGCUGGUGGUGGCGCUGGCGGCGGUUGGCGCGCGCGCGCAGUCCAACUACGCCAGCCACGCCAACAACAUCGAGUACCAGGGCGAGGGGCUGCCCGAGGAGGCGACGCUGGACGGGCGCGUGACGCGCCUCGACGACCUCUCCCCCAUCAUCGCCCUCAACCGCACGCGCGCCGCCCUCAACUGCGCCGCCGGCUCCAUGCAGGUGGAGCUGAAGUUCAAGCAGCCCUUCUUCGGGCUGGCGUACGCCGACUUCGACCGCAACAGCGCCUGCCAGCUGGCGGGCAACGGCGACAUCACGUACACGCUCGAGCUGCCGCUCAAGGGCUGCGGCACCAAGCAGGCGAGUGGCCAUUUGCUCCUUGCGCUUUGCUGCUCGCUCCCUGCGCUUGGCUCCUUGCUAUUUCAGUUUGUGUCGGUGCUAACGAAGGCCUCGCCUUUUCAGGACCCGCAGCGAGUGUUCACCAACAACAUCGUGGUGCGCUUCCACCCUGGCCUCGAGAUGGACGGUGACGAGAUCAUCACCAUCGUGUGCCGCUACCCCCCGCCGGUGGCGCCGCCGCCCGCCGCCUUGCCGAGUGCUAUCCUGACGGAGCCCGUGGCCCCGUCCGUGAUCGAGCCUCCCCUCAAGGGCUUCCACAUCCUGCUCAUCAUCUGCGCCAUCCUGUUCCUGUCGCUGCUGCUGCUGGGGCUGAGCUGCUCGUACGUGUGCCUCAAGAAGCGCAACAUCCGCGUGGUGCGGCGCGCGCCCUUCUCGGGCACCGGCACCGGCACGGGCUCCGAGAUCACCAAGCUGUCGGGCUCCAGCCUGGGCAACCUGUCGCUGUUCGAGGGCCUGCGUAUCCCGCGCGCGCACGCGCCGCCCGCCGCCAGCGUGUCGGGCUCGGAGGCGCAGCUCAUCCUGGCCGGCGGCAGCCACUCCGACACCAUCCCCAGCGACUACCCGUCCGAGUCGCCCAGCUCGGCGCACUCGGAGGUGGAGGACGUGGACACGCGCUCGCUGCGCCGCCCCAGCACCGUCUCCUCGGCCGGCUCCUACGACAACAAGGCCUUCCUGCACCAGGAGGCGCUGUCCAGCUUCUACUCGGAGGGCUACGCGCAGCGCACCGACGCCGAGGUGGUCGCGCCGCCGCCGCCCGAGCCGCGCUUCGACGUGUCGGUGCGCGUCAAGAAGGCGGCGGCACCGCCCCCGCCGCCCACGCCGCCGCCCUCCGACGUGGAGAGCACCAUGAGCAUCCAGGCGCGCAACCUCACCACCAUCCUGGAGCGCGAGGAGCGGCGCGCGCCGCCGCCGCCCCCGCCGCAGCCGCAGGUCACCACCUUCUCGUACGCGCCCGAGCUGCACCCGCCGCCCGCCGGCAGCGCCGCCGCGGCCGCCGCCGCCGUGCGCUACGCGCAGACGCCGCCCGUCUACUCGCGCAUCCUGCGCCGCCAGCACGAGCACGUGCAGACGCGCGAGGCGCUCGACUCGCUGUCCGAGCGCUCCAUCCCCGACAACGACAACUGGUCGCAGGCCGAGGACGUGAUCGACGCGCCGCAGCGCCACCUGUCGCUGACGCCCGCGCGCUCGCUCACCAGCCUCAACACCGAGAUGACGGACACGCGCUCCAUGAGCGAGAUCAUGGACACGUCGCACCAGCGCUACACGGCGUCCCUGGCGCCGCCGCCGCCGCCGCCGCCGCCCAUCGCGCCCGCCAGCUACACCACGCACGUGCACGUGACGGAGAGCGCCGACCUGCUGGAGCCGCCCGUGGUGGCGGAGCGCCGCCCGGAGAUCACCACGCACAUCGUGGACGACGUCUUCCUCAAGACCAUCACCGAGAAGCGCACCAUCGAGGACGUGGAGCGCCACCGCCGCCAGGUCACCGAGUACCACGCGCGCCCGCAGCCCGCGCCCAACCCCAAGUGGGACGUGGUGAUCCGCAACUACCCGGACCCCAGCGCGCAGCCGCCCGCCGCCGGCAGCGAGCCGGGCCCCGACUGGGAGAGCUACUCGGAGGCGUCGUCCGUGUCGGGCGUGCCCACCACGCCCAUCGCCGAGCGCCACCGCGUCGAGAUGGAGCGCAGCUACCUCACCACGCUCGACGUGCCCGUGCAGCAGCCGGCCCCGCCCAACUGGGACGUGCUCAUCCGCGUGCUCAACGCCGCCCGACGAGACCGUCAGCGUCGCCCCGGCCCCCCGGCGAGCCGCACCGCGCCGAGGCCCUGCUCACCGUGGAGGACCGCGAGAAGUCGCCAGAUCAUCACCACCGAGUCGACGCUGCGCACGCUGCUGACGGAGGCGACGGUGCGCGAGGACUUCAGCGCAUCCGCCACACCAGCGCUACGACGCCUCUUCGAGCCGCACAAGUGGGACGUGACAAUCCGCGUGCGGGCGCGCCCGACCGCCCCAGCUACAGCCACGCGCACCCGGGCGGCGGCGGCGCACGCUACCGCCGCAAGGCCGACUGGGACACCGCGCAGCCGGCGCAGCUCGCUGCCCACGCUCUAA